GUUAAAUGCAAUGGAAGAGAUGAAUGGAAGGAUUAUUCAACCCUCAAUGGUGGUUCGACCUGCAGACCAGACUGAUUCUCCUCCAUAUGGCUUGAUGAUAAUAUGCUAAGUGUUAGAUUGUAUCAUGGAGGGAUGAUGAAGUGGUUUCCACACACUAAAUAUGUAGGGGGCCAGCUUACUGUGUAUGAUUUCUGGGUAAUAAAUGAUUUAAGUUAUGAUGAUAUACAUGAGAAAGUUGAUGGACUGGGGUAUAGUGGCAUGAAAACUAUGUAUUAUAGGGUACCUACAAUGCCAAUGGAUGCUGGUAUGAAGCUACUGCAGAAUGAGAGUGACUGCCUGAGGAUGAUUGGGUUUGGAAAAGAGAACAACUUUAGUAUUGAUAUAUACGUGGAGCACUACACUGAGUUAGAGAUAACUGCUGAGCAUUACCACAAUGUGCACCCUGAGGAGUUUAAUGCAGACACCAAUGAAUUUCUUGACCUUGAAGAGCUAGAUGAAGAUUAUCAUUUCUCGGACAGCGAGUACUCAUUUGGUGAGGUUGAUGAUCAGCUUUUUUCAGAAAAUGUGGAUUCUGCAGCAGAGUGGGUAGGGAAGCUUCAUAAUCAUCUUGGAUUGACCAAUUAUGAUGACAUAAGUGAGGACAAAUCUGACUCUGAAGCUGGCCUUGUUGAUACCUCAGAUUCUGACUCUUUGGAGAUUUUUUUUGAGGAAAUAUUUGCCGAGGAGGUUUCAGGGAUGAUGAAGAUUAAGUGGCCUGUCUACAAGGACUGUGAUGACCCUCAAUGGGAGGUUGUAAUGAUCUUCAAGGAUCACCUUGAAUGCAGGGAAGCAAUCACCAAACAAAGUUACAAGGAAGGAAGAAUGGUGAGAUUUGUGUUGUCUGAUAGGAAGAGGCUGAGGGCAGCAUGCAAGCCACCAUGUCCCUGGUUUAUGUUUGCCUCGUUGAAUUUUGAUAAAAUAUUCCAGCUAAAACAGAUGGGUCCAGGUAUGUUGCAAACAUGUGGACCACUCAACUCAUCAAGAAGAUGGUAAUGCUGCUGAUGAUGAGGUUGAUGACCCUCCAGACUGUAUCAUUGAAAUGGAUUUGCCUGAACAGACUCCAACUAGACAUGAAAGUGAGGUGGGGAAUGCACAGAGUGUUAGUGAGGUUGCUUGGCCUGAGGUGACUGUGUU